AUGUUCAUCCUCUGGCUCAGAGUCGGGGUCUUCGUCGUUGUCGAGUUCCUCGGGGCCUUCCCUAUCGUCGUCUUCCUCGGGGUCCUGGGCAUUGUCAAUCCAGCAAUCAUCAUCGUCCUCGAUCUCCAACUCUCCUGCAUGCGUGUCUUCAAGUGCUUCGAGAUCAUUGACAUCAUGCAGAGGUUGUACUCGCUGUUUUCUCAAAGCAUGUUCGCGUGA